UAUAAGUAAAUCACAACUUAUUGAAAAUUUUCCAGCACACCAUGUAUUUGUGUAGAUUGUUUCUGCUGGGAUAACAUAUAUUUCUAUGCGAAUAUCACACACCACAUGUGUAAUACGUUGCUCUUUGCGCAGCUGGUCCAAAUAAGGAGUGGAAACCAAAAACUUCUCAUGUAAAUACUGCCCCUUCAUCUGUGAUACCAGCCACUUCUGAAAUCCUAUCUGUCACUGUUGAAGUUGUGGGUCACUCAGUUCCAGCAUUAAGUUCUACAGCUUCAGAGGAUGAUGUUCCAAAUCUGCAAAAAAGGCUAGAAAGGCUUCAUUUUUCAGACACCAGGGGUGUGAUUAUUCCAGACCAUCUUCAAGUUCUAGACUCUAAUAAAUAUUCUCUGAGAUUUGGUAGUUUUGAUGCAAAUUAUGAACCAGGUGCAAGCUUUUUGAAUGGUUCUAAUAGUGACAGGUGCUCCACACCACUAUCUGAGUUAACUCAAGAGAUUGAUGAAAACAUUGAGCAGCCUCCAUCAGGUCAGGUUGCACCUCCGACUGUGGAAGAAGCAGCCUAUCUAGAUGAUUUCCAGUCAUCUACACUGAAUUUGGAAAAUUUGGCAUCAAGGGAGAGUGAUAUUUCCUCUUCUGGCUCCAUAUUGCAAGAAUAUGAUCAGUCUAAACCAGAGCCAACUUUGGCUGCUGAAGUUCCUGAGCACUCAAUAGUUCAAACGGCUCCGACUUAUCCAACUUUGACUUUAACACCACAAAUGCUUGGUGACCAAUUUGCUGGCUUUGAAGGAACUGAGAAUCACCCACGUGAUGCCUCUCGUCUCCCAAGUUUUGUUAGUGGUAACUCUUUGGUUCCAUCUUCAACCGGGCCAACUCUGGCCGUCUCCCAAGCUGCCGGAGCCAUGCAAAGCUCAAUUCCUGUUACUCUGCAACCAGUUCCUUUGUUUCGGCAGCCAGCUGGCGUACAGAUAGCGCAUUAUCACCCAAACUACAUCCCAUAUAAUCAAUUUCUUUCACCCUUUUUUGUUCAACCAGCUGCUACAAUUCACCCUUUCUUAAGCAGUACCGCGUUCCCACAGCAAACACCAGCUGCCGGUAUGUUUACACCUCCAGCAGCUGCAGCUUCUCCCAACUCUAUGAAGUACACCAUGCCUCAAUAUAAGCCCGGGAACAACACUGUUAAUUCCGCCCACAUUGGAAUGAUGACUGGUUACGGAACAUACAACUCGACCCCUGCUGGCUACAAUCCCAACCCAAGUGGAACUAGUGGAAACUCAAAGAGCAAUGAGGAUCUCACUGCAUCAUCUCAGUUCAAGGAAAACAAUGUUUAUUUGACUGGGCAACAGAGUGAUGGAUCAGCUGUCUGGGUUGCUACACCAGGGCAUGAUAUUUCCGCUCUGCAGGCCAGUUCUUUUUACAAUCUACCUCCUCAUCAGCACCUAACCUUUGCGCCUUCUCAAGCCAGCCAUGGUGCCUUCCCCGGCAUCUAUCACCCGACCCCGACUGUUACACCUACUGCUGUUCAUCCAUUACUGCCACAGUCGCAGCCGACGGCUGGUUCUAUUGAAAUGGUUGGCCCUCCAGCCGGAGUCUAUCAACAACCACAACGCGGACAGAUCAAUUGGGCUAAUACUUAUUGAAACAAUCCCGUCUUUUGCAUUUGCUCUGGCUACUGAAGCAACAUAGACCGACCUCGGGAAUUUUGGGCACUCUUUUUGGAUUCAGUCAGAAGACAACAGAACUGCUUUGAUACCGGAUCUUUCUUUACUGUAUAUACAUAUAUUUAAAUGAUCGGUCGAUCUAUUUGCUGAGAUAUUAACCAUUUUUAAGCUGGUAAAGAGGAGGUCUGUGUUGGUUCUUUUGUCGGCUGCCGUUGCGUGCUAUUGCUCCAUCCUUUAUUAUCUCCUCGCCCACCAAUAGUCUUUAAAUUACCGUGGGUGAUUAAAACGAUUUUGCUGUUCUCCAUAUCUGGUUCAUUUUUUUUUGUGUCGAGGUCAUAGAAUUUUCAGAGGUCUUAUAUGUAACCUAAAUUUGAUAGAAAGACAUGUCCUGAAAUUUUGAUACUAAAUUGUCGAUUUAGCGUGGUAUGUAUUAUUCAUUGUUUCCAUUGCUUGUAAUUUGAAGUAAAUUUCGUAUUCGUAUUUGUACCUGAUAUUGAACUUUGUAUAAACUCUGCCGUAAAUUCUACUCUGCUUAUCCGAUA